GGAACUGUCGUGCGUAUGCCUUUUAUGCCGUCCUCGCUUUCCGGCCGCUGUUUCCGCACGCUGUCCCCUUCCUCCCUCCCUCGUCUCCCUGGCGGCUUACUUUGCGGCAGCACCGACAGCCCCACCCCCUUUCUCUGCGGAAUCACCAUGGCGGCUGGGACCCUGUACACAUACCCCGAAAACUGGAGAGCCUUCAAGGCUCUCAUUGCUGCUCAGUACAGUGGGGCCCAGGUCCGCGUGCUCUCCGCACCACCCCACUUCCACUUUGGCCAAACCAACCGCGCCACCGAAAAUGCAAAAGAGGAGGUGAGGCGGAUCCUGGGGCUGCUGGACACUCAUCUGAAGACAAGGACUUUCUUGGUGGGUGAGCGAGUGACGCUGGCUGAUAUCACAGUCGUCUGCACCCUUCUGUGGCUCUACAAACAGGUCUUAGAGCCUUCUUUUCGCCAGGCCUUCCCCAAUACCAACCGAUGGUUCCUCACCUGCAUUAACCAGCCCCAGUUCAGGGCAGUCUUGGGGGAAGUGAAGCUGUGUGAGAAGAUGGCCCAGUUUGAUGCUAAGAAGUUUGCAGAGAGCCAGCCUAAAAAAGAUACUCCAAGGAAAGAAAAGGGCUCACGAGAAGAGAAACAGAAGCCCCCCCAGGCUGAGCGGAAAGAGGAAAAAAAGGCUGCUGCCCCAGCUCCUGAAGAGGAGAUGGAUGAGUGUGAGCAGGCACUGGCUGCUGAGCCCAAGGCCAAGGACCCCUUCGCUCAUCUGCCCAAGAGUACCUUUGUGUUGGAUGAGUUUAAGCGGAAGUACUCCAAUGAGGACACCCUCUCUGUGGCACUGCCAUAUUUUUGGGAGCACUUUGAUAAGGAUGGCUGGUCCCUCUGGUAUGCCGAGUACCGCUUCCCUGAAGAGCUCACCCAGACCUUUAUGAGUUGCAACCUCAUCACUGGAAUGUUCCAGCGAUUGGACAAACUGAGGAAGAAUGCCUUUGCUAGUGUCAUCCUCUUUGGAACCAACAACAGCAGCUCCAUUUCUGGCGUUUGGGUCUUCCGAGGCCAAGAGCUUGCUUUUCCGCUGAGUCCAGAUUGGCAGGUGGACUACGAGUCAUAUACAUGGCGGAAACUGGAUCCUGGUAGUGAGGAGACCAAGACCCUGGUUCGAGAGUACUUUGCCUGGGAGGGGGCCUUCCAGCAUGUGGGCAAAGCCGUCAAUCAAGGCAAGAUCUUCAAGUGAACAUGCCUUGCCGUCACCUAGCUGCCUGCACCUACCCUUCAAGGGAGAUGGGGGUCAUUAAAGGAAACUGAACAUUGAA